AUGGAUCUUUGCCCAGUGAUCAUACGAGUGGAGAUGUGUCGGGAGACAGCUGAUGAGAGUUCGGAGCGAGGCUUUUUUGAUACUGGUCGCGCAAGGAUUGACAGGAGGCGGAGGAUUCCACCAAGGCUUCCCACGAGAAGGUUGAAUGCUUGGAGCAGAUGGCAAAGGACUCUCAGCAAGGUGAUGGAAGUGUUCUUCAUGUUGUUGGGAAUCUGGCUACUUGCUCUGCUGGUCUUGCUGCAUGUCAAUUUUGUCGGACAGAACAAGUGUCUUCCCACUAAGCUGAUCAAUGAUCUUCAACCUGAGAUCCUCGAGAUCCGUGUUGUGGGACUUUGGUCACGUCUCGCACAGCACUUGAAGCUUGAGAUGAUGAAUCAAGUGAUAACGAUGCAACGUAACUCUCCGACACCAGAGGACUCGGGACUCGCAGCAAACAUGCCAACCAGAAAGCACUCUAUACUCAGUACGACUGCAGCCCAAGCGCAGAGCAAUGCGCCGAGAACGAACAAAGGUUUCGGUGUAGUUCAGGAACGAUGGAAGGCGUUCACUGCAAGGUUGUUUGGAAGAUCGGAUGCCAACAACUCCACAGAAGUAGAUCUUGUCAGCCAGAUCUUCAGAGAGGACCACAGAGCACUCGGUGAAGCAUUCAAAAAAGCUCCAGGGGAGGGGAUCUUUCGUCAUAAAGAAAAGAUCGAGACUUCUUGGCCCUUGGAAGCCGAUCCGAAUGAAUCAAGACAGAAGUUCGAUGUCACCAUUGCCCCGAGGCAAAUCAGCUUCGUCGCGCGGGUAGAAGAAGACCGGAUUGUAGAUGCGGCAGCGAGUGGAGCUGCAUUACUGCGGGAUCUCACGCAUGAUGAUGCACUUCUCAUCGCCAUUGCUCUAGACGAGCUCGAGGAUUUGAUGCAGGUUCCCGUAUCUCUCAAAUCCCACAAUGCGUCGCGGUUGAACCUUACUCUCUCUUCGACGGACCCUUGCUUUGGAGCUGGGAUUGUAAGCUGGUCAUUGGAAUACCUCAUCGGAUAUGAUACCGUCAUCCUGAACCAGCUGCUCUCCAUCGCUAGGUACCCGAUCAACGGGGCUGUGGGUGGUUGGGUGCAUGUGAUGCACAUGAAUGACCUUUACAACCUCAACUUCCAGCUGAAGCCCAACGGCGUGUGGGAGAUUGCCCUGCACAAACUCAGAGCAGUAUUUAACACUCUCUUCCUGGUCGUGGCCACAACAGCCUUGGUCACCUUCACGUUGAAGGAGACUCGCUUGCGGAUCUUGAGAUUCACGCUCCAGCUGAGGUUUCAACAUCGCCAUGGUGGAACCUUCGUCCCGUUGCUCUUCAAUCACUUGUUCGAGUCUUUGGCGUUUGUGCCCAUCAUGAUCGGAGUUUUGAUGUUCCUCUUCGAAUUCUUUGAGGACCAGAUGCUUGCCUUCAUGGUGUUCAGCUUGGUGUGGAUUGGCGAGAUCUAUUGCCUGAUGAGAGUUCGUGGAAACCCAUCGAUGUACAAAUUCCCAACUUUAUUCUUGAUGCUUUUCUCCUUGUUUCUCAUCUACGUUUAUUCUUUCCCUCUGGGGUUCACCUACGUGGCCUUCUCCGUCUGGGUCUCUUGGACGAUGGCGGCGAUGUUCUUCUUCCUCAACAGAUUCUACCAGCCUGAACGAUACUCACUCGCUAACAGGACGUUGCCCACCGCCACUGUCCUCAGCGUGCGAAUGACAACCAACUCCUUCAUGCUGUAG